AUGGACUUCGAUAUCGCAGGCCUCGAGGUCGACCACCGCAAGCGGCGACGCAACCGCACCACCCAAUCAUGUCUGAACUGUCAUACGUCCAAGAGGAAGUGCGACCGCAAGCGGCCCUGCCAGCGCUGCAUACAGCUCGGCCUGACCGGCCUGUGCGUGUACGAGGUCGACGACCCCGCGCUGAGGGAUGACCCGAACGUGGACGAGAACACCCGCCUGCGGAAUCGUAUCGCCGAGCUCGAGAGCCUCGUCCGCGAGCUUCGGGGCAAGCCGCAUCCAAAGUGGGCAGAGCCCAGCUUCUGCGACGGCGACGCGACCGAGAAGUGGCACUCGCGCUCCUCCCGGCGACUGCAGUACCAGAAAGGCCCCCGAGCGGACGGCGGCGGGCGCGGCGACGGCGACGGCCGCCCGCCCGCGAUCAAGACGGAGCAGAGUGCCGACCCGGCGCAGCACGCGGCGGGCCUCUACCGCUUCUCGCCGUCGCCCCCGCACGACGCGCACGGGUCCCCGACGACGCCCUACGCGCUCUACUCGCGCCACAACGGCGGCGGCGGGGCCGGCAGCGGGGGGAGCGUGUACUCGCCGACGGACGACUCGUGCUACGCGCCGUCGCCGUCGCUCGCGUACGGGGACGCGCGCGGGGGCGACGGGUACUACGACCACCACGGCCACGCGCACGCGCACGGCGGCGGCGCGCACGGGUACGCCGCGCACCCGUGCGCGUGCGUCACGAACCCGGCCGCGGGCAACACCCUCAUCGGGCUCACGCAGCAGCUCCAGAACACGCUCGCGCUCCUCCGGCAGCUGCCCGAGCACGGCGCGCCGCGGCAGCAGGCCGCGUGCGCGAUCACGCGGCGCGUCGCGGAGCUGCACGACAUCAUGCACAGCGGGAAUGCGCCCGGCGCGUCGCUCGGGGGCGCGGGCGCGUACGAGGGGCUGUCGACGCCGACGGAGACGGAGCUGAGCAUGAGCCCGAUCUCGACCUCGAGCCAGUCGAGCAUCGGCGCGCCGCCGCCGAUCGUGCACGACUCGCAGGCGUGGGCGGCGGCGGGCGCGGGCGCGAUGCCGCAGCAGACGGGCUACGACUCGUACUUCCCCGGCGUCGCCGCGGCGCAGGCGGACCACUCCGUGUUCCACAAAACGUACCACAUCAACUAG